UGUCAUACAUAUUAUUUCUGUUAUUUAACAUGUUUGUUUAAUUUGUUAAGUCUUUUCAUGAAUAAUGAGUACUGACGUUAACGAGGAACUAACGAGUUUGCGUUGCACACGGACAUUUUUUCAGGUGCAACAGGAAAGGUUCUGGUGAGAAGUUAUUUCUCUGUUCGUGUAUUAAAAGAGUUACGUGUACUAUAAGACUUGCUCGUAUUUGAGCAAAUAACUAAAGAUGUUUUUUCCAUUUGUGUUUUUAAGCAAAGGAUUAAGGAAGAUGUGUCUCAUUUUUGUGUUUUGAACGGGUAUUUCAAGGGAACUCAUUCCCUCUUGGUUAUGUGCAGCCAGCGAGUUUGACGGUGGUUUUCAUUGCCGGUUAAUGUGAUGACGGAGAAAUGGAUGACAAGGCAAUAAAUCCAUCAGUAAUCAGAACAACGGUGUCGUUUAUUUCCUGGAGGGAGUGAAAGUCAAACUCGAUUCUGCGUCAACGUUCCCGAACCUGCUCGUGCCCGGCCCAGAUACAGAUAAGCCCACGUUUACCGUUAAGGAUCUGCAGUUCAUCAGUGUUUCAUUAAGACGUCCAUAAGUCAGACACUUAAGUUUGUGUUCUGAAAAGUGACAAUAAGUUUGAACACUACAGGGGACUGCGUGUAACCUUAAUUAUAAUUGUGGUUUAAAUUGUAUAAGGGAAAUUUAUUGAUAUUGUCUAAAGAAAGUGUAAAGAAAACUUUAAAAGGGAAAAAUAAUUUUUUUUUUGGUACAUUUAAGCAAACCAACAUCUUUCACUUUUUUGAAGUUCAUUUAUUAUUAUAAGUUAUUAUUUUCAAAGAAUGUUUACUUUUAUGCAAUAUUACUAAACCUUUACAAUGUUUACUUAAUUGAGGGGUUGAACUAAAAGCAAUUGACAUAAUUUAAUUUGAUUGUUCAGAAAAAGAAAAGAAAAAAGGGCAGUUUAACUACACAGCUAAUUUUUAGUGUGUUCAGGCUAUUCCCAGAUAAUGUAAGAUGUCUCAAACGAGUGAAAGGGAACAAGUGUCAGGGAAUGCUACCAUUGUACAACAAGCAGUACAGCCUGCAGAACCUCGUAGAAGUGAAAGAGAUCGAACAUUAACAGAAAAGGGAAGGGAAUUUCAGAAGGAAAAAGUGAAAGGAUUAAUACUUCGCUUUGACAGUAUUUAUGAACGCUGGAAGGUUUUGACAAAGGUGGCUAAAAAAUCUGUAAUCAAACAAGAUCCCAGUGAUAUCCUUCAAGAACACAUUAAAGGUAUUCAAAGAGAAAAAUCAGAGCUGAACAGUGUUUAUGAUGAAUACCGACAAAUUGACACCCCAUCUCAUGACAUGAGGCGCAAGUUGGACAGAUGUGCAUCCAUUACCAGAAUUGUAAUACAGAAUGCACAAUCUCAAAUGCAAGGAAAGGAGGAAGAGAUUAUAUGGCCUGAUGCUUCAUCUGUAUUUGCUUCUUCAACCUCCAGUGUUUCAUUUCAGAGCAAUAAUUCUAAGUCCAUUCACUCUGCUGUAUCCUCAUCAAAAAGACAAGAAGCUGCUGCUGAAUAUGCACAUACACAGGCUGUAUUGAAGAUUAUGAGUGAGCAAGAAAGCCACCAAGCAGAACUACAGAGACUUGAAGCUGAGGAUAAGUUAAUAGUUGCAGACCAAGAAGCAGCUGCAUCAACUCGCCGCCUUCAAAGAGAAAAGGAAGAAAUUGAGCGCAAAAUAGAAAAAGAAAGACAAGAGGCUGCUCUGUUAAAGAGACAGCAUGAAGAAAAUGCUGCAAGAAAAAGGUCAGUUGAAAAUUUGAAAAGAGAGCUUGAGCGUUUGGAAGAGCUAAAGAAGCUUAACGCAGCCAAAGCAAAGCUUCAAGUGUACGAUGCAAAUGAGUUCUAUCCAACCCAAGACUUUGUACCACAAAACUCUGAAGGUGAGCUGCCUACAGAUCAGAUAAUCUGUCAAGCGAGUACUGCUGAUCAGCAUCAUCCACCACCGCUCCUAGAUGAGACUCCAAGAAGUGAACUUCAAAAUGACAUGCGAGAGCUGGUGAAGGCCUUAGCUGAAGCUAUGACAGCAAACAGGCUACCCAUUCCAGAGCCUUCAAUAUUUAGUGGAGAUCCACUCAAGUUUAAUCAUUGGAAAUCAUCAUUUCAGACACUUAUAGAGAAAAAGAAUAUUCCAACCUCAGAGAAAGUCUUCUUCCUUCAAAAAUAUGUGGGAGGAGCUGCUAGAGAAGCCCUAGAAGGUCAUUUUCUGGCUGGUUCAGAAGAUUCAUACAGUGCAGCAUGGGACCUGCUUAAUGAAAGAUAUGGCCAACCCUUUGUAAUUGCCAAGGCUUUUCGAGACAAACUACAUACAUGGCCAAAAAUAGCUCCAAGAGAGAGUGCUGAGUUGAGAAAAUUUGUGGACCUUUUACGCAGUUGCGAAAGUGCUAUGUCUAACAAUGACAGUCUCCACAUUCUUAAUGAUGGAGUUGAGAAUCAAAAACUUACUGCUAAGUUACCUGACUGGUUAAGCUCCAGAUGGAACCGAAAGGCCACACAAUAUCAACUUGAACACAGAAGGUUCCCAAGCUUCAGUUAUUUUGUGGCAUUCCUUUCAAUGGAGGCUAGCAUCGCUUGCAACCCCAUUACAUCUUUUCAUGCAUUACGGCAAGGUGAAUCUGAUAAAGCAAAGAUCAGGAGCCAGAACGUUAUGACCUCCAAGAACCAAACCGUAGGUGCCAAGAUCUUCACGACAAACACCAUUGAGAGGAAAAUAGACACAUGUGUGUUUUGCAAAAAAAACAGGACACAGCUUACAAAAAUGCUAUAAAUUAAGAGAGAAACCAGUUGCUGACCGCAUAAAAUUUAUGCAAAGUGAAAAGCUGUGCUUCGGCUGUUUGAGCCCUGGUCACCAGUCUAAGAGCUGCAGUAACCGGAUGGUCUGCGAUUCAUGCUCAAAGAGGCACCCCACAUGCCUGCACGAAGAACGUUCAAAAGGGGACCAAGAACCAAAGAAAGAAAAAUCUAAGGAAAGAUCUCAACCACAAGAUGUCACAAAGGAAACAACUUCUAACAGAGUCGUACAAGAUAUUACCAGUGCACAGACGUCAGCAAUAGUGCCUGUCUACGUGUCAAUGCCAAGUGAUCCAGACAAGGAAGUUCUCGUCUAUGCUCUGUUAGAUUCACAGAGUGACUCUUCAUUCAUUCUUGAUGAAGUGGCAGAUGUUCUUGAUACAAACACUGAACAAGUGAAGUUAAAACUAUCUACGAUGUCAUCAAAAGGGACAAUCAUUCACUGUAAAAGACUUAACAGCUUACAAAUAAGGGGCUUAUUUUCCUCUAAGAAGUUAACAGUGCCAACAGUUUACACACGUGACUUCAUCCCUGCUAAUCGCACACACAUCCCAGUGCCUGAGACAGCAAAGGCAUGGCCUCACUUGGAGCAUCUUGCUGACCACAUUGCGCCUCGAAAGGAUUGCGAAAUUGGUCUGUUGGUUGGGUACAAUUGCCCACAAGCUUUAAUGCCACGAGAAGUCGUUUGUGGGGAGGAAAGCCAGCCAUUUGCUCAGAAGACCGACUUAGGAUGGAGUAUAGUGAGUUAUGGUGACCCAGGAGAACACUACGGCGAUGCAAUUGGAGUAAGUCAUCGCAUCAUCGUAAAACAAGUCAUGCCUGAAGUGAAUGCAAUGGUCAAGCUUAAAGGAGAAGUCCACUAUGUUUGCAAUACGAAGGUCAGUGAAAUGGUCACUCCAGAUGACAUAAUUAAGAUGUUGGAAUCUGAUUUCAGUGAGAGUGUCGGAGACGAGUCAACCUUCUCUCAAGAAGAUCUACAUUUCAUGGCUAAAUUGAAAGACGGAAUCGGACAGAAGCAAGACGGACAUUUUGAAAUGCCCCUACCUUUCAAACAAGAUACACCAAAUCUACCAAAUAAUAAAUCAUGUGCUGUUCAACGCCUAAUGUCCUUGGAACGAAGACUUAGGAGAGACCAGCAAUACUGCACUGACUACUUGGGGUUUAUGAAAGACAUCAUUGCUCGGGGCUAUGCAGAAAAGG